AUGGACAACACAAACGACAAGCAACCCGAUUCUCCCAGCAGCAUUCCUCUUCUCGCAGUUGUCACCGGAAGCGAGGCCAUCCCUCAGCCCAAUGUGCCACAGGAGGGCCGGAUGACACGCGGUAUGAAGGCCGCUGGCAGGACAAUCCCCCCCGUCGCCACUCCAAUGAAGCGGAAAGCCAGAGCCCCAAAACCCAUCAUCAUCAAGAAGAAAGAGCCCAAUGUCCUUGACGACACAUCGUCCCAGGGUACGGCUAAUUUGAAGAAGACCAAGGCACCUUCGCUUGACCCCACCGAUCCGUGGGCAUGCGGCCCAGAUGGUGUUCCAGUUAUUGACAGAAUUGUCUGUCAUCUCACCAGGGGCUACGCCAGGACCCCAAGGGAAGAUGAACUAUCAGAGGCGGCCCACAAGUUCAAAUGGCGCGCCAUUAAAAGACAUAGUCUUCGGGAUCUGAAGACGAUUACCAUUACCAAGAAGCACCAGGCUCGCAAGAAGCUGGCAGAGAAUCCCGGAGACAAGCUCCAGCAGAUCAAACUUGAUCUACUCAAGGUAAUCACUGCCCACAUUACGAGCGAAUACUCCGACGCCAUGUAUGCGAAAUGGAGAGAGGGCCGCGAGAAGGUCAAAAUGAACUAG